AUGGUAAAAACCGUGCCGGACGAUUAUUUCCCCACGGAAGGUGAUGGGAGGCAGACUGAGUUGUCCAAAGGAGAACCUUCAUCCUCCGGUGGUUCUCGCAUUACAGCAUGGUUUUUGUCAAGGCCGUAUACGCAAUUUGUAGACUUUGGAGUCCCUGAGGGCGGGGCUCUCCGCAAUGCUAUUGACACCGUGACAGCGCUGGUGCAGGGGGAUAAAAUGGAGGCGGCAGGCCGUGUUGUUGAGGAAACGGCGCUCCAUGUGGAGGUAUUUGCAGUCAAUGGAACGUUAUUAGCGAUGGGCACCAACGUGUUGCUAAGUGUGAUUUUCAACCCUAUGCGUACUUUCUUUCUAGAAAUUCUGCUUAAAAACGAGAGAGGUAAACUCAUGGUGGCAUUACAACACACAUUGUUUGGGUCUGACACCGCCAGUGCAACCAAAGGUGUGGCCCAUGGCAUGAAUUCCAACAAUGUCAGCGAGUCACCGUCACUCAUCAACCGAUUCUGGGUUAUUCUUUUAUCUAUGGAUUCCGAUUGGAGGCGUCGCACCGAGGUGGCAAUGAUUUUGGUUUGUAUUUUGCUGUGUGUUUUGAUUCUUCUGCUGCGUCUCCGCUUCGCAAAGUACUUCAAGAGUCUUGAGCUGCAACUCCUUCAGCAGCCCAGCAAGACUGCGCGUCGCCCCGGCCGUAACACCACGGACCCGCAGGGGAUGUCGCUUCCUUUCAUUCCUCUCACGAGUAGGGGAAAGUUGGUUCCGGACAAGUUACCCCCUGCCAUGUACGAUGUUAGUGAUGAGGCUUAUGCCCAUGAUGAUGACAACGAAAACAGUAAUAGCGGUAACAGCCCGCCCUUCCUUUCAAGGACGAUGUAG